ACAUGAUUCUUCAGGCAGGUCUGGUUCUCUUUUUUUUUUUUUUCAAACUGCAACUCGCAUUUACCCCUUAAGACAACAUCUUUUUCAUCUCCCUAUUAAACACAAAGACCUAACCAUAUAACAACAGUAGCCUCUAGAUACAUCCCUUAGGAAAACACAAGAAUUUUUCAGAUUCUUAUAUCAUUUGGAAUGAUGAAAUGGGGAAAAAAGAAACCUGUUUCAUCUUCUUCUUCUUCAGGGUUGUCUCGGGCUCAUCCUGUUUCUUGGUUUUCAAAGUUGAGUGGUUCUUCUGACUUGAAACCUGUAAAAGAGAAGAAGCCAGAUGAUGAAGCUAGCCAGAAGAUGUCUGCAAAAGCUUCCUUGAGUUCUACGAAACGUAGAAAUGAUAUUCAUGAGAGCAACAAAAGGUUACAGAGAGUAUCAGCAGAAAAGGAGAACGCUGCAACAAGAUCAGCAAAUAUGGAAUCAAAUGAGAAGCUUGAAGAGAUUAUGAGCAGUGUCAGGAAGAAAGAAAGAGAUUUCCAAAGAGAGACACGUAACUUUCAGGAAGUAGAGGCAAUGGACAGAGACAAAGGAACUGUGAUCAUGACGCCAAGAGUUCAUGUGAACAGAGAUAAGCAGAGAUGCGAGAGGCGUGACCAAAAGCUUCUUGAACAAAAGCCAAAGAGACCAGAACAGGACGCAGAGGUCAAGAUGAAAAAAACAGCUAGAAGGACACGUACAAGUAACAGUAGAGAGACUCUUGUGGCUCACCAGUGGCAGCAUCUCAAGGAAAUAAAACUAAGAGAAGUGAAGCUGAAGGCAGACAAGCAGAGGAAAUCUAUGUACCUAAGAAGGGAGCUAGGAACAAAAGAAAAGAGCAAGGUUAGAGUUUUUUCACCAAGAUCAUCUGAAAAAUGCAGAGUUAAAGCUAUUGAAGACUUGAAGAAGGCUAAGCUGAGAGCGAGGGAGCAACAAGAGCUAGAUGGAGGGAUGGAGAAUGAAAGCUUUGCAGUGGUGAAAUGCUCGAGCGAUCCUCAGAAGGACUUUAGAGAUUCAAUGAUUGAGAUGAUCACGGAGAAUGGUAUCAAUCACCCUGAAGAACUCAAAGAGCUUCUGGUUUGUUAUCUAAGACUCAAUAGUGAUGAGUAUCAUGACAUGAUCAUCAAUGUGUUUCAGCAGGUGCAUAAUGAUUUAUUGAUGUUGGUGUAGAAUAGUAAUAUAAAGACCAAUGGAUGAUUUAAUUAUUAAUAGUUUACACUUUCUAAGAUGUAAUUCUGAUAAUUUCAUACUUCUUGGUUAUAACGAAAACUGAUAGCAAGUCUUUUAGUGGUUUA